UUCAAGAUGGCGGUAGAAUUUCAUGAGAAUCAAACAGAAACGUCCUUACCGUCGUCUCUGACAUCUUCCACUUCAUCCACAACAGCAGCACUUUUGUAUGAGACAUGCAGUUUAUGCCUGAGGAAAUCGAAGAACUUUACAUGCGAUAUGUGUGUGUCAAGAGGAGAUUUUAGCAAGUCAAAACAAAGCGAAAUAAGCUAUUGUGAAUUGCAGAGGAAGUAUGAAAAUUUAAAGCGAUUAAAACUUGCAUUCCAAACAAGAAUUUUAGAAAUGCUAGAGAAAAGAAAACAUCUUCAUGCACUGAGUGAAAAAAUAGUGAUAAAAAGAGAAAGAGUUCAUUGUCUCCAUCAAGUACUACACGACACUCAAGAAUCAUGCAACAUAGACUUACUUCAGCUGAAUUCCCUAAGGGAUUCAAACUCACAGAAGCAAAAACAGAUGGCUAUUAAUCGUGAAAAAGUCACAAGAAAGGCUCAUGCAAAGGACCAGUAUAAGGCCAAACUUUCAGAAGACAGGGAAAGUCUUGUGAUGGUUUCCAAUAAAUUGAGUAAAUUAAGAAAAAGAACUGUCAUUAAUACUCAGCAAUACUUGUUUCCUGUGGAGGCUAUUCCAGUAUAUCCUGUUAUGGGUACACCACCACCUCAUAACCUUAAUAUCGACCUAGAUACUAGCCAAGAUAUUGAAGUAGAUGAGAUCCAAACUCAUGAGAGUGUAGAGUCUGCUUUGGCAGAAGCCACUCAGACAUCUUAUGUUGAGGGAAGAUGGGUCUCUAAAGAAGAUGAUCUUAACAUUGAAUAUAGCAUUGUGGAUAGUAUGUGUGUUCUACGUGGCAAUAAUGAUUAUUCUUCUUACUGUGACUGGGUGAAAGCUCACAGAAAUGGCUCUCGGGGUCCAGAUGAAGAUUUUGGGCUCAGAAAUCCAGCAUUCACAAUAUGUGCUGGACUCAGCCACACUGCACAGUUUUUAGAAUUGUUAGCAUAUUACUUUGAUGUCAUUCUUCCAAAAAAACUUAACUACAGUGAAUUCUGUCACAAUGAGCUCAGUAAAAGUGAGUUCAGGAGUGCAGUCAGUCGUCUAAAUUCAAAUAUUCUUCAUUUAUGUUUCACACAGCAUGUUGACCCUACUCUGCUUUCCUGGGACCGCCCUCUUCACAAUCUUUAUGCUCUUCUAAACUCUUCAUCAAUAGGAAGGAUUGGUGCCUUUGAAUGUCACCCAGAGCAGUUGUUGCUUUCUGUUGAACAAGAUAAAAGCCAAAGUGAUGACUCGGACAUGGAGGAUGGUGGUGCCAACAGCGAAUCAGACACRGACUGGGAAACACUUCCCAAAUCUUUGGACGUCCCAGAAGAUGUACCAAUUUACACAAAUACAUCAACAAAAACCAGUAUGACCUUAUCAAGUGGACAAGAGGAAUCAACUGAAGGGCCUGGAACUACUGCUAGUUUGGUUACUUCUGCUGCUGCAUCUGUAGCAGCACUGUGGCCAUGGAAACGAUAAUAAUAAAUAACAGCAGAAAUAGUAUUUUAAAAUCUAUAAAUAAAAUGUACAUGUCUAUAUAUAUUGAUAGAUUAAAUAAAGGAUAUUUAAUGCAGA